UCUGCCGCAUCCGUGUCGGCGGGGCCGGCCGGGCCGGGCAGCAGCGGGCAGCGCCACGCCGCGGGGCGCCGCCGCCAACUGAGCCGCCGCGGCAGCAUGCGGUCCCCGGCCGAGCCCCGCCGCGUCCCUCCUUUCCUCCUCCUCCUCUUCCUGAUGAAUUUUGUACCAUCAUUUGGAAAGGAGACAUUACGGACAACAGCGGUUACGCCACAGUUUGAAAAAAACAUGGAUUAUGUGGACUUCAUUCAUUUAAAUGUUUUGGAAAAGAAAGUCCUUAACAGUUCUGAGGUUUCCGUUCAGUAUUUAUGUUCUAAGCCUUGUGUAAUUAAUUUGGAGGCAGUAGCUUCCUCAGAGUUCAGGACUGGUGUACCAGUGUAUAGAAGGAGGUGGAAGGAUGAGAAGAACAUUUACGUUCGUCAAACUCGACAAAUACAUUUGAAAUUUCCAAGCAUCAUGGUUUACAGAGAUGAUUACAUCAUCAGAAACUCAAUAAUAGUGCACAGUGUGAUAUUAUAUGCAUGGAUUAGUCACCAGUCAGUUAGCAGCUAUGAUGUUGAGCAGAACGAAAGCUACCAGGAGGCAGUUGCCAAGAAUUACACUUUUUUAGAAGCAGUUCCACCCUUUGAACGCCCGUAUAAAGACCACAAAGUCUGUCUUCAGUGGGGUGCUGACUAUUUGUGGAUGCUUCAGGCAAACAAGAUACCUCAGUGCCCUCAUGAAAGCGAUGGUGUUCAGAUUCUCAACUUCAUAUAUGCUUCCAGUGGGGAGAAGACAGGAAUUGUGAAGAGGUUUGAACAAUUUGAAAAUAGAGAACUUGAAACAGUCAGACAACAUCAGAUUGAUUAUCCAAUAUGCUGUUACCCUGGAAACGCUACCACAGAAAUAGGACAUGAUCACAGGAACUUGAACUUGCCUGCUCAUUUGUGUUUGGCCUAUAAGCAAGGAGAGCCAAAGAAGACUAACCAGUUCACUGUUUCAAUCUGGCUAUAUUUACUGCAUCACUGUGAAAAGGAUCUGUGUGGUAUACUCUAUUUUAUUGAUCCAAAAGAGAUGUACAGCACUCCUGCUAUAUUUCUAAAUGAGGAAGGUUAUGUACAUAUUCAGAUGCACCUCAUUAGAGGAGAUGACCUUGCAGUGAAAACAAGCUUCAGCCUUCCUCUGAAGCAAUGGUUUCGACUGGAUCUCUCUUUUAAGGGUGGUCAGAUAGAAGUGAGCAGCAUUGGGAAGAAUUUGAAAAGACAACAUCACCAGUCUUUUACUUUCAGGGAAGAUUUCUACUAUGAUGACACUGCUGGAUAUUUUGUUCUUGGAGGCAGUGGAUAUGUAAAUGGUAUUGAAGCAUUCUUUGGACCUGUGAAGUACUAUCGUCUCAGUGUCUUGGAAACAGAACAGAUUUCUAACCCUCUGCAUGAUGAAGAAACAGCGGAACAAAUUGAACACUACUACGAGAGAUGUAUGGACAUUCAAGACAUAGCUUAUGAGUACAGGCAUAUUGUAAAGAAAGGCCAACUAGCACAAAGAGCUUGUUACUCUGAAAACUAUUACUUAGAGCAGCUUCACAAACAUGGAGAAAAGUCCACAUGCGAAGCCUUCAUAUGGGGAAAAGAACUCAGGGAAAAGUACCACACCUUGUUCAAACUGUUGCAAGAGAUGGAUUUCAGUGCUCCAGAUGUGUCGGAAGAGGAAAGUGAUACAGUUCUAGAAAUAGGCCAGAGAAUAUUUGAGAAGAUUGCAAAGAAUUUAUCAAGUGCCGAUGGCCUAAGCAAUAUGGGUUCCUCUGUCCCUUUCCUGGUGGACUCCAGUUGCUGUGGAUACCAUAAGGCUUCUUAUUUCCUUGCAGUUAUAUUUGAAACAGGGCUUGGUGUGUCUGUGGAUCAUACGAAGGGACUGCUGUACAGUUUGGUUGGGGCUCAGGGGAAUGAGAGACUUGCUGUGAUGAAUCUUGGCUAUAAACAUUACCAAGGCAUUAAUAACUAUCCACUCGACUUGGAGCUGUCAUAUGCCUAUUACAGUAACAUUGCAAUAAAGACAUCCUUGGAUCAACACACUAUAAAAGGGGAACAGGCAUUUGUUGAAACUAUAAGGCUGAUGGAUGAUGAGCUGCUUAAAGCUCAAACAAAAGAGAACGGUGAUGUCUUUAUGUGGUUAAAACAUGAAGCAACAAGGGGAAAUGCAGCUGCACAGCAACGAUUGGCUCAGAUGCUGUUUUGGGGCCAACAAGGAGUGGCAAAAAAUCCUGAAGCGGCAAUAGAAUGGUAUGCAAAGGGUGCAACAGAAACAGAAGAUCCAGUGUUAAUAUAUGAUUAUGCUAUUGUGUUGUUUAAGGGCCAAGGUGUGAAAAAGAACACAAAACUUGCUUUAGAACUGAUGAAGAAAGCAGCAGCCAAGGGCUUGCCCCAAGCAGUGAAUGGACUGGGAUGGUAUUACCACAAUUUUAGAAGAGACUACAGAAAAGCGGCCAAACACUGGUUAAUUGCUGAAGAACUGGGAAAUCCAGAUGCAUCCUACAAUCUUGGUGUCCUCUAUUUAGAUGGGAUUUACCCUGGAGUACCCGGUAGAAAUCAAACAGUAGCUGCGCAAUAUUUCUAUAAAGCUGCUCAAGGAGGACAUAUAGAAGGGACUUUACGAUGUUCUCUGUACUACAUCACGGGAAAUAUGGAAGAAUUCCCCAGAGAUCCAGAAAAAGCUGUAAUCUGGGCGAAGCAUAUUGCAGAGAAGAAUGGUUACUUAGGUCAUGUCAUUAGAAAAGCACUCAAUGCUUAUUUGGAACUUUCAUGGCAUGAAGCUUUGCUGCAUUAUGUUCUAGCAGCUGAAACUGGUAUUGAAGUGUCACAGUCAAAUUUAGCACACAUCUGUGAAGAAAGACCAGAUCUAGCAAGGAAAUACCUAGCAAUUGAUUGUGUUUGGAGAUACUACAAUUUCUCUGUGUCUCAAAUCAACGCACCCUCAUUUGUUUAUUUGAAGAUGGGAGAUUUCUACUACUAUGGUUACCAGAACCAAUCUAAAGACCUUGAGCUGUCAGUGCGGAUGUAUGCACAAGCUGCAUUAGAGGGAGAUUCACAGGGUUUCUUUAAUUUGGCCCUUCUCAUAGAAGAGGGCAAUUCCAUACCUUCCUACAUUCUGGAUCACUUGGAAAUUGAUCAGGCAUUGCAUUCUGGUAAUACUUCACUUCUUCAGGAACUUUAUUACAGGUGCUGGAAUCAUAGUAACCAAGAAUCAAUUAGCCCAUGCUCAUUAGCAUUGCUUUAUUUCUACGUGAGAGUUUUCUGGAACAAUAUUUUACAGUCUACUUUGAUAUAUUUCAUGGGAACCUUUCUUCUAUCAAUUCUGGUUGCAUUUGCAGUACACUAUUUUCAGACUCUAUCUACCAGUAAUUCUCUUGGAACAAGAUCAGAACCAUCAUCGGCUGAACCUUCUUCCUCAGGAAACAGCAAUGAAGAUACUACAAGAGCAGUGCAACAAGAUGAAUCCACUUUAUCAAAUGAUUUAGCGCAGCAGGAGUUAAACCCUGAGAAUCCUCUUGUUACCAGCUGAGCUGUGGUCUCCUUAAGGCUGACAGUCUAUCAGGAAUACGGGAUAUGAACAACUACAAAUCUAUGAACUGGCAACCAAACUUAUUAGUAGCAUUAAUAAUACAGCCCAACAACCAAAAUUACAGGGAAAUCCAUAGAUCUAAUUACAGUAGUAGAAAACCAUUCCUAUAAUAACUUUAACACUACAUACAGGGAGUACAGCUUGUCUUCCUAUACCCAACAAAUGAUCAUUGUGUACUUUAUUAAAGGACGAGAAGGAAACAAAGUCUAUACCUAACUGAUGCAAAAAUUCCCCCUGGUUUUGAUAAAGCAAACAUUUUAGUUGCAUAUCUAAUAACUUACUAGAUAAGCUCAAAUGCAGUAAAGGUCACUUUACUGGUCCAAUUACUAAAGUUUUCUGAGUUGGAAGCAUGGAAGUGUUAUGGGAGCGAAACCCAGCCACAACGACUUCCCAAGUUCCGUGCCAUACCAGCCAGGAAUUUGGUACCUGUAACAGUUACUUUUUUGACACCUUAUAUUCCAUCCUAAUUCUUUGGUGGAGAAAAUAUUCUCUUUUGAAAGAAAAACGCUGGGAGGAUUUGCAAUGCGGUCUUAAUGUAGUAUUACUACUGGCUAACCUUUGAAAUAUCCAAGUUUCAUGAGCGUCAGCAAUUUCCUAGGAACACAACAAUUAAUAUUUCCUCCACCCAAGAGAUAUUGAUUAGAGAAAGUUGAGUCCUUAAUGGAUAAAUAAAAGAAUAUUUAAGUGUUAAAGUGUUACCAGGUGACAUGAAGUGAGUGAACAAUUCAUUUUCUUAAGCUUACAUAGGUAACACUCAAAAGGAUUUAUUUCAGAUUCUGCAAUACCUCUUAAAAGAUACCUCUUUGAAUAACGGUUUGAUUAAACAUUAGAUGGGAAAUAUAGAUAAGACGACUGUGCAAAUAUCUUGUCUGAUUUAAAACUGUGAGGUAAGUGGCUGUAGGAGAGGUCCAACUUCUAAUGCAGAUGUACAUGCACUUCUGCAAAUGUGUUUAGAUCACAGACUAUUAACUGCAUCAAUCUAUGCAUUACCGAGGGUUAAAUCCACUCUCCUUGCACUACAUUAUUUACGCUUGUAAAUAAAAAUAUUUUUCUAAUUCA